CUCUCUCUCCCCCUUUGCUUUCUUGACAAGAAGAAGAAGAAGAGAAAACAAGCAUUUGUUUCAAUAUUCUCCGAUCUUUUGCUUCAUCGCAAAAUUACCCAGUCUUUUUCUUGGCCUAAAUAUAUACAAGUGCAUGUUCUUUACGUCUGUUUGGUGCAAAACAUACCAAACUAAGUAGACUACUAUAUCAAAAAUAGGUCAAAUCAAGAAUCUGCUGCUGGUUCAAGAGAAUUAAGGGAUUUAUAGCAAAGGCAUGUGUAGCCCGUUCCAGCUGCCGCAAAAAACCAUGGAGAAUAAUUAUCAAGGUGAUUUAGCUGACAUAUUCCGAGGUAGCACUACUGGAGGAAAUAAUACAGCCACUUCUGGUGUGUCAUCGACUACUGUCGUUCCUGCUGCUGCUGCUGUUGCUGACGGAUGGCAGCUCCCUAGCCAUCCGAUAAAUCUUGAACCGUCGGUUCAAGAUUUUGGAGAUCCGUUUUGUAACUUGAGAGAUCCACUCUUCCAUGAUCUUGAUAUGAUGCCAGCCAGUUCCAGCUUAUUCAGCUCCACAGAAGACAACAGUAAUAAUAAUAAUAAUAAUAAUAACAAUAGCAGUAAUGACGGAACUAGUCUUUUUGGACCUGAAAUGAAAAGACACAAUAUGUUUUCAAGGAUGCUUCAGAUCUCUCCUACAACCAAGUUGGCCAUGUCACCAUGUGAUUCUCCGAUGGCUGCGGCUGUAGCCUGUUCCUCCCAAAAUCCGAAUGUUAUUGGUGCAUUAGGUGCUAAUGAUGCUAUUAUCUCUCCUAAUUCCUCCAAAACCUGCUUAGUGGAAAACUCUGGCUUGCAGAUCUCAUCUCCGCGAAAUACGGGUAUCAAAAGAAGAAAGAGUCAGGCGAAAAAGGUAGUGUGUAUACCAGCACCAGCACCUGCAAACACCCGGCAAGGCGGAGAAGUUGUUCCAUCUGAUUUAUGGGCUUGGAGAAAGUAUGGUCAGAAACCAAUCAAAGGUUCCCCUUACCCAAGGGGUUACUAUAGGUGCAGUAGUUCCAAGGGAUGUUCAGCAAGGAAACAAGUGGAAAGGAGCAGGACAGACCCAAACAUGUUAGUCAUCACAUACACUUCAGAACAUAACCAUCCAUGGCCAACCCAAAGAAAUGCCCUUGCUGGAUCAACCAGGUCUCAGCCUAAUAAUUCCAAACACACUUCAACCUCAAAGAACAAUAUUAAUAAUUAUCAAUCCCAAAGAUCUCCAACCGAUAAAAGCUUCAAAGGAGAUGAGAGCAACAUUAACAAUGACAAUAACACUACUAGUAUUAAUGUUGCACAAGUGAAUAUUUCAACGUACCCCAAAGUGAAGGAAGAGGUGGCUGAAGAAGAUCAUCAUUAUCAUCAGCAGCAACUAGUGGAAAUGCCUGAUGUCGAAUUUUCUAAAGACAGCUAUCAGCCAAUAUUACCAGACUCAUCGAACGAGGAUUUCUUCGCGGAUUUGGUUGAACUCGAAGCUGACCCUUUAAAGCUUUUGUUUGCCAAAACACUCUCAGAUGAUAUCAAUGAAGUGGGACAGAAGAAGGCCAUCGACGCAUUCAACUUGUACGAUUGGACUGGAAACAGUAACAAAGACAGUAACACGAGCAACAACAACAAGGAUCUGGCCGACACAUGACAGGAUUCGAGCAAACACAGAAAAAAAAAAAAAAGCAAAUUAAAUCCGACUUGGUACAUAUUCUUGACUAAUGCUAAGUUUCUUGGGUGAGAAUUUUCUUCAAGCUGAUGAGAGCAUAAGCCAAGUAAGGAGGGUUUAAUUUCCGUUGGGCAUAAUUUUCCUCCUCUCUUUUUCUUUUUAUUUUUUUGGUUGGUUGUGCAUUUGGUCUAAAAUUGCUACAUACUGUAUAAGUACCCCUUUUUUCAUAAUCUUGUCUUCUGACUUACCAGAACAGUGAAGAGAUUAGGAAAAAAAGGUAAAGGAGUGCUGGUUGAUUGGGAGCAGGCCCCACAAGAGUCCUCCAUUCCUUUUGGGAAUAUUAGUGGAUGGGACAGAAAGCUGAGGAACAGAAGGUUUCAACAGUUAAAAGCUAAGCAAGUACAUCUAUCAGAUCAGACAUGACCAGAUAUAGCUCAUAAAGAGGCAAUUGACGUGCGAUGGAACUCCCAUUUUUUUAGUGGGAAAAAUAAUUGAAGCCUCCUCUCAUGGUCCAACUAAAAUAAAAAAGAAGAAUACAAAGGACCCAAAAAUAUUGUUCAAUAUUUCCUUUCUUUCUUUCUUUCUUAGAUAUUAGGGAAAUGGAACUUCAAAAUUAAACUGAUGAAGUACAUAUAGGAUAUUAUUAACCUUCUUUUCUUUUUUGACAAGACCAAAGAGUUUAAGGUGCUUGGUGGCAACAUAUAGAGUUUGACUUCAUGGGGGGAGGGGGGAGGGGGGAGGGGGGAGGUGUUUCGUGUAUGAGGUUUGAGAAGAUGCGUUGUUGAAGUGCAAGCUUUCGGGUUCCUCAGCUUUCAGUUUGUUAAUUCCAUUGUUAUUAUAAUUACGUUUGGUUUGGAUAUUGUACGAAGUUUAAGGAGCCUUUGAGAUAAGUUAAAAGGUUUUUCAUUUUUACCUUUUACUGGAAUGUAUUUAUAAAUCUGGAGAUGUU